AUUGGGCAUUAAGCCUAUGCUAAUCAUCAGUUUCACUGCGGAAGUCAAAGGAGAAGGAUCAACAUGUUAGCUAAAGUUUUAUUGUUCACCGUGGUCAUAUCGGCUAUAUCUUGUCAGGAGUACAAAUACAAAAUCAAGCCAAUAGUUCAGCACGAGCAGCCAAAGGAAUACAAGUACCAAACUGAACGUCCUUACGUGUACCACCAAGAACCAGCGCCAAUUCACGAGGAAGAGAACCAAACUCCGGUUGAGAACCAAUACCGCCACGAAAAUGGACAUGCAAUUUCAUCGCAGAGCAUUGUCCAUCACCAACCGCAACCUGCUCAGGAAUCUCAGGAGACAUACUCGGAGUACACGCCAGAACCAGUAAACUAUAAGCAAUAUUUCCAAAGCCAUGAGCACGUGAGCGCUCAUCAGCCAGCACAGCAUCAGCCAACUGUACAAACUGUUCACUACCCGGCGGUGCGUCAUCAACUCCACGCUCUGCCGGCCCCAGUGCGUCACGAGCCUCCGACACAUUAUGUACAGGCUCAUGAACCCGCUCCUCAUCACUACGCCCCAAAAGUCCAUCAAUCACCCGUCUACCACCACCCCGAAGCUCCCAGUCACGACUCUCACGAGGAGCUCGUCGACUAUUACGCUUACCCGAAGUACCAGUACGAAUACAAAGUAGAGGACCCACACACAGGAGACAACAAGUUCCAACAUGAGAUCCGUGAUGGUGAUAAUGUAAAGGGAGUGUACUCGCUGCAGGAGGCCGAUGGUUCAAUCAGAACUGUUGAAUACAGCUCUGACAAACAUCACGGAUUCAAUGCUGUGGUGAAGCACUCGGCGCCUGGCCAUCACGUCCAGAUAGAGAGUCAUCAUGAAAAUUAAACCUAUUAUUUAUUACUAUUUAAUUUAAUACUGUUUGAUCUUUACUUUGUUACUAGAUGUGUAGUUAAUGAGUUUAAAUUAUUUCUUGAUUA